AUGAACAAACAUGCCGCUGCGAUCUUAACCUCAGAGGAAGCCAGGGCUGAAUUCGACGAAAUGGGACACCGUCGAGGCGCAGCUCAAUGUCUCCGAAACAUGGGCAAUUCUCUGCGUGUGCUCGGCAAUUACGACGAAGCGCUUUCUAAAUUCGAGGCAUGCCGUGUUCUCGUCGACAGCAUCGGAGAUGAGCUGGGCAUGGCGCAGUGCCUCCGAAGCAUGGGCGAAGUUUUGCGUAUGAUGCAUAGAUAUGACGAGGCACGCUCGAAACUGGAAGAAGCGUACGCGAAAUUUGCAAGUAUCAAGAACCGCCUUGGGAUGGCCCAGUGUCCGCAAGCCAUUGGCAACCUCUUAAGUGCACAAGUCCGUUGCAAGGAUGCACUUGCCAAACUGGAAGAUGCCCAAUCAGAGUUCAGAGUGGUUGGAAGUCGGCUGGGGUACGCUCAGUGCACUUGGAAUAUUGGCAACAUGAUGCGGAUGUUGAAUCGGAAUGAAGAAACGUUUAGCAGCCUGCAACAAGCAUGCUCGGAAUUCGAGAGCAUCGGUGACCAACUGGGCGUUGCGCAAUGCUUGCAGCUUCCUGGAGAUGUGCUCCGCCAACUGGGUCGGCCGCUUGAAGCGCUGGUAGAUCUUGAAAAGGUCAAAGUCCAGUAUCAAGCAGUCAACAAUGGAUCGAGUUCUGCGCGGUGCACCAAGGAGAUAGCCGACACGCUCCUUAUGCUUGGUAGAACACAGGACGCGCUGACGAUGUUGGACGAAGCCAGCACGGAGUGUCGAUCGCUUGGAGAUCGACUCGGCGAAGCACAAUGCAAAUGGAGUCUUGCGCAUGCUUGGUAUCUUUCAAGUAGACAUGAUGAUGCGAUAUCGAAAUUGAGGGAAGCUGAGAUUGACUUCAAGUCUGUCACAAACCUGCUCGGCAUAGCAGAAUGCAAGAGACUCCUUGGUCAUGUCGAAAUGACAAGGGGCAGUCCUCAAGUUGCUAAAGUGCUAUUCACGGAAGCACUGAAACUGUACGAAACGUUGGGGACGCCAGGUCCGCUGCAAUACUGUAAGAAGAUGUUGAAGAAAGCUGAAAGAGCUGCUGCACGACAUGGUGGGUUGGAGACUAGUCAGAUCCUGCCCGACACAUAG